ACUUACUGUCAUGUCGACGACUCUAGGACGUUACCGCCUCUCAAUCCUUAGCUUAUCGUUCGGUAUUGCUUCCUCCCUCGCUGCACGUCUUCCUGUGCGCGAUGGUUUUUCCUCUUGCUUGACUGGAGAUGGCCUCGAUGUUCUCACUGCGUCGUCGCCUGAUUGGGACACCGCGAUCACUCCCUUCAACCUUCGUCUCGAAGGCGACUUCAUCCCUUCCGCCAUGGUAUACCCAACCUCCGCCGCAGAAGUCUCCGCUGCCGUCACAUGCGCUUCACAAUACGGCCUGAAAGUCUCCCCAAUCUCCGGCGGACACUCCUACUCCGCCUCAGGUUUCGGCGAAGCCAACGGUACCCUCGUGAUCAGCACGGCCAACCUCACCAGCGUCUCCGUCGACAACACCACUGGGCUCGCGUAUGUCCAGCCAGGUAUCCGACUGGGCCAGAUGGCGCUGGAUAUCUAUAAUCAGGCGGGACGUGCGCUCGCGCAUGGGACUUGUCCGCAGGUUGGGGCAGGUGGACAUACGAGUUUUGGAGGGUACGGGUUUGGGUCGAGGAAGUGGGGGUUGAUGCUCGAUCAGGUUGUCCAGGCUGAGGCGGUGUUGGCGAACGGGACGAUCGUGAACGCCAGUGCCACUGAGAAUUCUGAUCUUUUCUGGGCUCUGAGGGGUGCUGCGCCGUCGUUUGCGAUCGUCACACAGUGGACAUACCAGACUCAUGAGGCGCCGGCAAACGUCGUCGGGUUCACCUACGAGUACGAUACGACCAGCGCGGAUGAGUUCUCCGACGUCUUGACUGCCUACACCAGCUGGGCUGUCAGCUCUGCGCCGGAAGAGAUUGGUCUAGAGGCAAACAUCCGCAACUUGACCAUCUCCGUCACCGGUAUGUAUGAAGGAUCCGAGUCUGAUUACAACACCGUCGUCGCGCCGCUGUUGGCCGCCAUGGGUACUCCCACGAAUACGACCGUGAACAGCUACGGGUGGAUCGAAGCUUUGGAUUGGGUCGGCGGGGUUGACUCUAUCGCAACGGAUGGAGUUCCUGACACACAUGAUACGUUCUUCGUCAAGUCCAUGAUCACGCCACUCUCUUCGCCACUCACCGCCGACACUUACACCACAUGGGGCCAAUACCUCCUCGACACCCAGAACCUCUCCUCCUCUCUCGCUUGGUUCAUGCAAGUCGAACUCUAUGGAGGCGCCAACUCAGCGAUCAAUUCUCCCGCCACCGACGCCACCCCUUUCCCCUUCCGCGACUCCCUCUUCACGAUCCAACUCUACGCCUCUUCGGCCAACUCGGAGCCGCCUUACCCCUAUGCCGAUGGGUAUUCGUUCUUGGAGGGCGUCGUAGACUUGAUUGAGAACUCGUUGCCGGGGGCUGACUUUGGUGCUUACGCGAACUAUAUCGAUCCGACGUUGGAGGAUUGGCAGGAUAAGUAUUAUAAGGGGAACUAUGAUAGGUUGUUGGCUUUGCAAGCGGAAUACGAUCCUCAGGACACGUAUUUGAAGCAUCAGAACGUAGGGUCUGAGUGAAGCGGUUUAACGGACUUUCGAGGGACGCUUUAUCCUACCGCUCAUUUCAUUGGGUUUCAUGGCGAUAUCUAUCUCUCCCUUCAUACUAUAUGGACGCAAACCAAAGGACACAGUAAUACUCUACGGGACACUGUUGCAGUACAAUACAAUUAUCACAUUUUCC